UGUGCUGUGACCUGAGGAAGAAGAGCAACAGAGAAGAUGAGAAUUAUUAUCCUGGCUUUUUCUGUUUGGUUAUGCCAGGCUGUGAGGGAAGAAUUUCCAGAAAACUGUCCAUGUCCACUACUCGAACAAGGCUUUUUAGUCCCACACUUGGAAAGUUAUGAACACGGUGUUACGGUUCCCUAUGGCUGCAACAAGGGCCUGAAACCUGCUCUGGAAACCUGGUGGGGAGAGAUAACAUGCAACAAUGGCGUAUGGUCACACCAACCUGAGUGUAUCGAUAAUACAUCAUGUAUUUCCUCACUGUUGCAUGUGCCAAACGCCAAGCCUUCACACAACUUAAAACCAUUCUAUAAUCAUGAUGACACUAUUAGAUUUGAAUGUGAAGACGGCUAUGAGUUUGAAGGAAGAAGCUCAGAAGCCCAGUGUGUAUCUGGAACUUGGAGGCUGCCAGUGUGUAAACGAAGUCCCAACACUUGUGGUCCUCCUCCUCGGGUUUACAACGGAAUCAUCAAAAAAGCUUACCGGAGUGCUUUCUAUCAUGGCGAGUGGCUUGAGUAUGUUUGUGCAGAAGGUUAUAAGCUAGUUGGAGACAGAUAUAACACGUGUAACGAUGGCAGGUGGUCCAGAGAAAUUAAGUGUGUGAAAAUAGUGUGCCCUGUCCCAUAUGUGCCAAACGCCGAACUUGUAGAUGACUUAAAAACAUCCUAUAGUCUUGAAGAAACUGUUCAAUUUGAAUGUGACCGUGGCUAUGAGUUUGAAGGAGUAGAUUAUGCACGGUGUGAAGAUGGAAUUUGGAAGCUUCCAGUGUGUAUACGUGCACAAACCACAGGGCGUGAUCCAUCUCCAGAUCGGAAUACACGUGUAACAUUGCCUGUCAGUCAGUGUGGACUUCACCCCCUUAUUGAAAAUGGAGAUGUUAUAGAACAAUCAAAUGGAAAGGAAUUAAAAGUUCUGUGUAAGAGAUAUUAUAAACUACAAGGAUAUGAAAAAGUGAAAUGUGUGGAUGGAAAAUGGACGAAGCUCCCAGUGUGUAAACCUCCGUGUAAACUGGAUCGGACACUUAUUCAUUCUUAUUAUACUGAUGAAUAUCUGAAGGAGGGUGAACGGAAGUACUUUUACUGUCCUAACGCAUGGGUCAGAUACAGAUAUAUCAGUUGCUCUGAAGGAAAAGCAAGCUACGGUCAAUGUAAGUGGAACUGA